AUGUGCGAUGCGAUGCGCGACAAAAUUGCCGCGCUCCUGCAAGAUUCGGUGCGUGCACCCGCGCAUACCGACACCACGAAUAAACUGCAAAGUGCCGUCCUUGACUUCUCUGAUGAAGGGGGCGCACGUGAAGGCGGACUGGUGUGGCGCGGGUGCUCAGGCGGCUGCGACACAGAAGAUGGCACGGCGGGAACGCUCUCCGACGGCAACCUCAACCCAGGAGACAAGUUGGAGGGGUCGGACGCAGCUACGGACGACCCUGUUCACCUCAAGAGACGGGUGGGACUCUUCAGUGGGGUGGCUCUAAUCGUCGGCACCAUGAUAGGAUCCGGAAUUUUCGUCUCGCCCUCUGGGCUUCUAGAGCGCACAGGCUCAGUGGGCAUAAGCUUCAUCAUUUGGAUGGCAUGUGGCCUGCUCUCGCUGCUUGGGGCGCUCGCAUAUGCGGAGCUGGGAACAAUGAACACGUCGUCCGGUGCUGAGUAUGCAUACUUUAUGGACGCGUUCGGAGGACCGCCCGCAUUCCUGUUUUCAUGGGUAUCGACACUGGUGCUGAAACCUUCACAAAUGGCUAUCAUUUGCUUGAGCUUCGCCAAAUACGCGGUUGAGCCGUUCGUGUCCGAGUGCGAGCCACCAGACGCGCUAGUCAAGCUUGUAGCAGUUAUUUCCAUAGUGAUGAUCCUGGCUGUUAACUGCUAUAGCGUCAAUUUGGCCACGAACGUGCAGAAUAUCUUCACAGCUGCUAAAUUAGUGGCGAUUGCCAUUAUUGUUUGCGGAGGAGCUUACAAAUUGAUAUUAGGUAAUACGCGACAUUUACAGGAGCCCAACUUCGCCAGUAGCACGGCGACUCUGGGCAACAUUGCCACCGCAUUCUACACCGGCCUAUGGGCCUACGACGGUUGGAAUAACCUCAACUAUGUCACCGAGGAAAUUAAAAACCCAUCCAGGAACCUCCCCCUGAGCAUAAUUAUCGGUAUCCCGCUGGUGACCCUAUGCUACGCGCUUGUGAACGUGUCCUACUUGGCCGUUAUGUCGGUGAGCGAGAUGGCAGACAGCGAGGCGGUGGCCGUCACGUUCGGGAACAGACUACUGGGGCCGAUGGCGUGGCUCAUGCCUCUUGCAGUCACAAUCUCCACCUUCGGAUCUGCUAAUGGAACUCUAUUUGUUGCGGGAAGGUUGUGUUUCGCGGCAUCGCGUGAGGGACACUUGCUUGACAUUCUAUCGUAUGUCCACGUACGCCGUUUCACUCCUGCUCCUGGACUCAUAUUCCACUCUCUGAUUGCCGUGGCCAUGGUUUUGUAUGGAACCAUCGACUCUUUGAUUGAUUUCUUUUCAUUUACUGCAUGGAUAUUCUACGGCGGUGCGAUGGUAGCACUAAUAGUAAUGCGAUACACAAAACCACAUGCGCCGAGGCCUUACAAGGUGCCCAUUAUAAUUCCGUACAUAGUUCUUGUGGUAUCAUCAUAUUUGGUCGUAGCGCCGAUAUUGGACAAACCGCAAUGGGAAUACCUUUACGCGACUGCCUUUAUUUUAGGAGGACUACUGGUUUACUUGCCCUUUGUGAAAUGGGGAUAUUCUUUGCCGUUUAUGGAUAAAAUAACCGUUUUCCUACAAAUGGUGCUUGAAGUGGUGCCAACGUCAACUACUUUCGAAUACUGA